UCCUUCAAUGGUUUAUACAGUUGGCACAACAGCUUGAAGUAUAAGCUUGGCAAUUACAGAGCAAAAGUGAGACACCUUGGACUACCAGAGCUGAAUGUAAACUCUAGAAAGAAAAAAUGGACCGAAGACUCCAGCUCUCCAUGUAGAAACUUGAAAAAGGCAAAGAAAUCUGAGGUAAACUACCUCCCACCUCACCCUCAAGGUGAAACCGAUGCAACACUUGAGAAGGAGCGAGUGGACCUUCUCUAUGAGUGCAAGAAGCGAGACAAUAACAAAGUCAUAAAUGAAAAGAUGGCAAAAACCUUCUCACUGCGUCGAAGUGAUGUAAUCCUCAACAAACCACCUGUGAUUGACUUCAAAGCUCGAUGGCCCGCCUUGUUUGAAUUUUCCCAGAUAGAGGAGGAAUUCCGCAGGAUCACACUGAAGCCACUGCAAUCCACAUUCUUGGGCAAGUUGGACCAAUACACACCCAAGCUGUUGAGCCUGUACAGGAGGAAGGGUGGAGCCGUGGGGAAAAAACUUGAUGAGACCCUUGACAUGUUAAAUGAGGACAGCAACAUCGAGUCCCGAAGAGAAGUUGUGAUAAGGGGCCUCAUUGUCUACCUUGGUGAAAACUUAGGGGAGUUAAUCAAGGACUUCAAGGUUUUCGAUGACAGCGAUGCUGCAGCUGUCCAAGAAGCCAUUACUACAUUUGUCCUCGGCAUCUUUGUGGUCAGCAAAGCCAGAGAAGAUCUCCCCAAGCUAGCUGGAAUAGCCAUCGAAGGAGCAGAAAUCCUUUUUGGUAUCCCAGAUGUGGCUCAUGCUUGCACCUAUCUGAUGGGCCUUCUCUAUGCCUUGGACCUAAGGUACCCUAAUAAACUGAAAUAUACAUUUGAGGUCUUUCAGAAGAUCUUUCUGGAGCUGGAGGAUGCAAACAAAAAAAUGUCUUCCAAAGUCCACGAUCUCAAGGUCUGUUUGCAUGCUUAAAAGCCAUACAGAUGACGUUGAAGGUGUAGAUUUUGACUGAACUCACUCGUACCAAGUUGUGCUAAUAGGUUUACACUGCAUAUUCUGAGGUUCC